CACUGCAGCUUGAGCACCUCAGGAUUAGCGUGUGAACCGGAACAUUUCCCCACCAUGCACCCGGCUUUCUUCGUGAUCUGGCUGGCGGCUCUACAACAAUCCAUUCCGGUGAAUUGUUUCCCUGUACACAUGGACCAGUCGACGCUACACAGGACAAUCAAAGGAACCCGCACGCGCUCGGAGUCUGUCGAUACAGAAGAUUAUUUAUGGAAGGUGAAUUUGAAUGGACAUGUAAAGAAAGCCAUCUCCACAAACUCUCUCAGUAAGUGUAUUUUUUAUUAAUAAACUAUUUUCAUACUACCCAGCUAGCACAUUUGGUUCCUUGGAAGUUGUGGGAACCUAUAUUUUUGGUUCAGAUGUGGCACCGCAGGUUCUAAAGUGGUGUGACAAAAUUAUUGUGUGUCUUUUCUGGGGCCUGGAGUUUUUCCUGAUCUCAUGACCUGGGCCCGGUUUCCUGAUAGUGAUGAAACUUAGGCUUACUAGUGUUUUAACAAUGCAUCUUUCCUACAGCAUGCGUUUCCCCAAACACCACGCAGCGAGAAUGUUCAGUAAGUGUGUGGUUGAGGCAUGUGUCGAUACUGAUAGGAUCAAAAGAAAGAUCACUGCUCUUGGAUCAGCAUUCUCCCUUUCCAAUCUUACCUUAACAUUUGAUUCAUUAUUCCACAAUACUGACGAUGGAACAGCUCCUAAAGAUAUUAUCACCCAUGGCAUGGCAGGCUCUGUCGUAGCCGGCCGCGACCGGGAGACCCAUGGGGCGGCGCACAAUUGGCCCAGCAUCGUCCAGGGUAGGGGAGGGAAUGGCCGGCAGGGAUGUAGCUCGGUUGGUAGAGCAUGGCGUUUGCAACACUAGGGUUGUGGGUUCGAUUCCCACGGGGGGCCAGUAUGAAAAAUAAAAAAAUAAUGUAUGCACUCACUAACUGUAAGUCGCUCUGGAUAAGAGCGUCUGCUAAAUGACUAAAAUGUAAAUGUACAAAUAUUGAGGCGGCUUAUUCUAAUGCUUACCUUAUAAUAAUGCACUAAAUCAAGAUUUGGCACAUCAUUGCAUACAUUACACAACAUGAAAUAUAUUGAGGCAAAAAUGUCAGUAGUGUACAAAUGGCUAAAUAAAACUAAAUUGAAUUAACAUACAUUUAUUUCAAUAUCAUUCAAAUAUAUAGGUCUAUGUAGCCUAUACUGUAUUUAUUUUAAUACAGUCAUCUGGGUUUUCAUUUGAAGCGUCUUUAUAUCCUUCGCUUGUUAUGCAAAGAAAUGGGAAGCUUUGUAUUUGUAGUCACAUUCAUUCUAAAGUUAUCAGCAGUCACAAAGAUGAAUCUUGAUUUUGUGUUUAACUUAAAUCUUUUGUGUAUAAAGUGACACGGAAGGGCAAAAAAGCAUUCACAAAGUACUUAGCUGUUCGAGUGGUCUGAGGCAGUCGUUAAAUAAUGAGUGUUUUCAAGAGCAACUUUAGUAACGAUGGUUUUAUGAAACAGCUCGGAGGUCUAACGAUGCUCCUACGAAGGUUCUAACGAUGAACGUAGCCUUUAAAUGGUUUUGGGAAACUGGGCCCAGGUCAGGUAAAACUCGGUCCUAUUCGUAGGCUAUGACAAAGUAGUAUUAUUAUAGAUACAGUAGCUUCCCUUUUCAUCUGUGCUAUGACUAUGGGUCUGGAGGCUGUGCCAUACACAUUUAUACUGUGCCAUACACAUUUAUACUGUGCCAUACACAUUUCAAAAUUAUAAAUGUUAGCUGCUGGCUGCAUUACAUUAUUUUUACAUUUUAGUCAUUUAGCAGACGCUCUUAUCCAGAGCGACUUACAGUUAGUGAGUGCAUACAUUUUCAUACUGGCCCCCCGUGGGAAACGAACCCACAACCCUGGCGUUGCAAGCGCCAUGCUCUACCAACUGAGCUACAGGGGACUGCAUGAUUGCGUCAAUCUAGCUAGCUUAUGUUAGCUAGCUAUGAAGGAAGGAAAGGGGAUACCUAGUCAGUUGCAUAACUGAAUGCAUUCUACCGAAAUGUGUCUGCCGCAUUUAACCCAACCCCUCUGAAUCAAAGAUGUGCGGGAGGGCUGCCUUAAUCGACGUCCAUGUCAUCAUCGCAAGGGGAGCAGUUGUUGUUGGGGGUUAACUGCCUUGCUUAAGGGCAGAUAUCUAGCUAGGCUACUAAAGCUACAGUUAGUAGUUUUGUUAGCUAGCUAUAGAUAAUUCUAACUAGUUUUAGAGGACAACUAAACUGCUUUUAUUAACACAUACCUUGUUUUCCAUGAACAUUUGUAUACGCUCUCUCAUGAGGCAGGCAGGAGAGGAGUCGUCACCAGUUAACACAGCCACAAAGUCAUACACCCCGCCUAUUUCUACAUUUUCUCAUCUUAAAAUCAUAUUUUAACCCUAACCUUGACCACACUGCUAACCUUGUGCCAAACCCUAACCUUUAAUGAAGACCAAGAAGCACAUGUUUGUUUUCAUGAAUUUUUACGAUAUAGGCAAUUCUGACUUUGUGGAGAGGAGCGUUCGCGAAGAAAGAAAUCAAGUGCAAAGUCAAACAACGAGGUGCUAGUGCAAUCAAACUAGUUGUUGAGAGGCGUGGUUGAUGAGGCUCUGUAGGCUGUAGCUAGGAGACCACUGUGACUGAACCCACCUGUCGCAGCGAGCGUGGGGGUUACCACGUGAAAUCCCAGGGACUUGACAAAACAGAAGCAAACGGGCUGUAAUUGGGGGGAGGUACUAUGUCAACUCGUCCAAUAACAAACGCCAGCUUUCUUUUCCAUUGCAAAACGUUUUUAAACCUGUUUGGUGCUGCUGCUUUGAAAGUGGUGCCACACCAGAUUGGAAAGUACUGGGGCAAAAGCUGUCUCGCCACAUGUUUCACAUUGGUUGUAGGAACGAAGCCAUACGUUUCCUGACUUGUAAAACAUCACGUUUUUACGUUCUGAGAGCAGAAAUGAAAAUUUCGCCUGUUCUGGGAACGUUUAUUUUUAGGUUGCAGGUGUAACAGUGUUGCUUCCGUCCCUCUCCUCGCCCCUACCUGGGCUUGAACCAGGGACCCUCUGCACACAUCGACAACAGUCACCCUCGAAGCACCGCUACCCGUCGCUCCACAAAAGCCGCGGCCCUUGCAGAGCAAGGGAAACAACUACUUCUAGGUCUCAGAGCGAGUGACGUCACUGAUUGAAAUGCUACUAGCGCGCACCGCUAACUAGCUAGCCAUUUCACACCGGUUACACAGGAAGGUUCUGAACGUUUUGCUCUGGUUCCUUAAAUGUUUUCCUGGGAGGUUUUAUUAACGCUCUGAGAACGGAAAUUAUAGGUUAUUUUGAGUUUUCUGAAUAACUUCCUUUAAAACUUUCAUUGAAUGUUUCAAUAAGACUUUUAAUAAUGCUGCUAGCUUAUUUUGGGUUAACCUUUUUUGAACUCCAAGCACAGAUGGGACAAUGGAAAUUCAUUUCCUUAAGCAUUUUUAUUGUGACAAGGCAUCAGUGAGAUUCUAAACUAUACUUUUCUGUUCUCUAUCCAUGGAAUUAGUCCACUGCGCCACCAGGAUGGAGCUAGCAUGUCAUGUUUUCUUAACAAUACAUAGCUGUUCUUUUUAGUUGAUCCAAACAGACCCUAUUUCAAAGGAAACAAGCACACAUUAAGAUCAGGUGUGGCCAAUUAGUGGGCAUGGCCAACACACAAGAUAGAGGAUGGAGAGUUUUGUUGAUGCUGAGAACGGAAUGUAUGUUUUUCAAUAACAUUCUUAAAACGGUCUCUGAAAGUUUUUCUUGUGGUUUUUAUGGAAAGCUUUCUUAACAUUCUCUUAACUAUUUGAGAACAUGACUUUUAAAUAGAACCAUGAGGAAACCUGUAGGAAACUUUAUCCUUAAGUACUGAAAUUCCCACAGAAGAAUAUUGUUUCUUAAAGUUCUUGGAACAAUUUGAGAACACAACUUUAAAUAGAACCACGAGGAAACUUUAUGCUGAAGUACUGAAAUUCCCACAGAAGAAUGUUGUUUCUUAAUGUUCUCUGAACUAUUUCAAUAUUCCAAAACAGUUGGAGAACGUUCCUAGAACAUUACCAAAAUUGAAAUUAAUUGUAACCAUGUUUGGAAUUUUAGGAAAGGUUCUGUUAAAAACAUUUUCUUGGCAUUUCAUUACUUUAACAGAACCUUUCCUAAAAUUCCUGCACCAUUCCCAGAAAGUUGUGGGAAGGUUGUAUGCAAAAUAACCGUAGGACAACCACACUCUCACCAAGCUCUAAGAAACAUAUGGUUCUCAGAAACGUUGUGCUAGCUAGCUGGGUAUGCUUUAUUUUAUAGUUAACUUAAUUUCACACACAGAUUUCAUUCAAGUUUUCACACACAAUCUAAAGCAACUGUCCUGAUGUCAAAAUGAACUAUUUAUGAUUGUUUAAUCAUUUACCAAAAGGAAUAAAUUGUCUGUCUAUUUACAGUAUGAAAUUGUGACAUGUUUUUUAUUUUUCCAUAGUUGUCCUCCCAAUAAGAACGGAAACAAGUGACUUUGUGUCAAUAUUGGACUUGAAAAGUAAACACUUCUUAUGUGUGGACGUCGAGGAAAAGUGGUUCAGUUCUGUAGGUAUUGCAUGGCAAGGUCAUCCAUGGAUGGCCACUCUGGGAACAGUCAAAUCUGCUCUCCCAACUCACUAUUCACAUUCAUUUAUUUUUGUAGAGUCACUUAACCUAUUCAUGUGAAAUUAAAGUUGUGUUUCUGUUGUCACUCCCCACAAGAUGAUGUUCAGCAGGAAAGAGUGCCUUUUCCAGCACAUGCGUAUGGAGAACCAUGUUGACGUGUUCUAUUCAUCCAGCAACGGACUGUUGCUCCUACUGGAAGGGGCUGAGAUCCCUGUUAAAGGGUAUGACUUGUUAAAGAGACGCAUGGUUUACAGAAGGAAGAGGAGCCAACAGGAGAACUCCGAUGCAGAGGACAUCAAGGAGGAUCAGGACCUGGCUAUGCAACAGGACCAAGAACGAGCUGCCGCCAUUUCCAAGGAGACCAUCACUUCUUGUGACGACCCUUUGCAGGUAUUGCAUUCCAAUAGCCCAGGCAGUCCUAUCAAAAUGGCUGUGGAAAAGACAGAGAAAGUGGCCCAGGGUGGUCUAGCGGUCUAAGCCGAUGCAUUCGGCACACGUCUAUGGAGUCUGCAUAGGUUUGAAUCCGACCUACUGCCCUCUCUCUAUCUUCCCCCACUGUCAUUCUCUCUGUCUUAGGGGUAGGCAACCCUGUUCCUG